UCACCUGCCUGAAGGGACUGAUCAGCUCGCAGGGAAAUACAAUGCAUCGACCAAUUCAACAUGUGGAGAAGGCGUUCUACAGCGUCCUUGCUUUUGUUCGAAUCCCUGUUAAUUUAUUGGCGAUUGUUAUUCUUUCCCAUGGCAAGUGUGGUGUAUCCCCUUGCACUACACGGUACCUGGUGCUGAUGACAGCUGCAGAUCUGAUGGUCAUCAUCACUGAUGUUAUACUGUGGAGAUUUCCCUCUUAUUAUUUGCCACCAUCUUUCUUGAUCAUCACUCCUGUGUGCAGUGUUACUGGAAUCCUGCACCGUACAGCCAGGGACUGCUCUGUCUGGUUCACCGUCACUUUCACCUUUGAUCGAUUUGUGACCAUUUGUUGUCAGAAGCUGAAAACAAAAUAUUGUACUGAGAAAACUGCGUCUGUCGUUCUGGCAACAACGUGCACCCUGUUCUGUUUGAAAAGCAUUCCCUUCUAUUUUCAAUAUGAGCCUCUGAGGAUAAUCAACAAUGUGCCAUUCUACUGUAAAUCAAAGUCAAGUUACUUUACUGACAUUUGGUGGGUGGCAUUAGAAUGCCUUGACACAAUUUUGACCCCUUUUCUGCCAUUCGUUCUAAUUCUGUCACUCAAUGCUAUUAUAGGCAGACAUAUUUUUGUGACCAGUCAAGUCCGGAAGAGGCUGCAGUGUGAGAGAAAAAGAGGGAAGCACAAAGACGCAGAGAUGGAGAGCAGAAGGAAGUCUGUGAUAUUGCUCUUUGUCAUCUCUGGGAGCUUCAUUCUUCUGUGGUCAAUCCUUGUUGUUUAUUUCAUGUAUUAUGUCAUUCAAGAAAUCAAACCUGACGAUUUCUCACCUUUUCUGUACAAUUUCGGUAGUACGGGUUAUAUGUUGCAAUUCCUAAAUUGUUGCACAAACACAGUUAUUUAUGCAACAACAUUGUCCAGGUUCAGAGCGAAGAUCAGUAACGCAAAUGCUGCCCACUGGUGGCUACGACACGCUACUGCUCAGGCUGUGGUGGGCUUCAAAAACCCACAAGGAUUCAGUCAGAGAAAACGAAGUCUGGAGCUGAAUGAAUACUGCAGGCCAAAGAUCUCGAAUUGGCCGACCAAAAGUAGAACGAGGGUAGUAGUAGAUGGAAAUUAUUCAGCCUGGAACUUGGUAACCAGUGCUGUUCUACAUGGACCUGUUCUGGGACUACCGCUGUUUGUGAAGUUUAUAAAUGACUUGGCUGAGGAAGUAGAAGUAUGGGGUCGUACGUUUGCCGAUGACAUGAAGCAUCGGAAGUUCUUACUAUCUCUGGUGGAGAGGGAUGCUGUCUUUGUGUCCACUAGUCCGGAAAUCCCCCACCCUCGCGAAAAGACAUCUGCUCCAGUAGACAAAUGUCCUAAUUCGAGGGUCAUCUUAGAACUCAGGCCCUGCAUUCCUGCUCAGUGUUCUCUGAGCCCUCUCCAAAAGAAAGCUCCUGGUUCAUUCAGGUGUCAGAGACUACUUAAUGACUCCAUACACACAGCAUUGUGGUUGGCUCUCAAUUGCCCUCAGAAACGGCGUCCGGGCAUGGGAUCGAUCCUCGUUCAAACGACAGUGCAGGAGGGCAUACCAGAACAGAACCAAGCCCACCUGAAGAUGAAGAUUCAACCUGGUGAAGCCACCAAACAGGAUGACUUGCACGCCAAACCGCCGGAAGUGAUAGAUUGA